AGCAAAGGUCUGCCUCGACAUUACCAGUCCCGCACACAAGCACACACGCUUGCAAUAUUGCUUUGGUGACGUUCCUCCCAGAGUUCAGCCUGGCCGGCACAACCAUUCCGGCCAAGGGGGAGGAGGACUUCCUCACGCUGGCCGCCUCCCGCCUCAGCCGCAAGAAGCGCGUGAUUGGGGCUGGAGUCGGCGUGGCCAUGGUCCUGGUACUGCUGGUGGCCAUCCCCCUACUGGUCCACACCACCAAAGGUGGCGCAUCCGGAGGGGGCACGCAUUACGAGAUGCUGGGGAGCUGCAAGAUGGUGUGCGACACUUUCACCCCACCUCAAGGAGAGCUGACAGGCUCCUCCCCUCAACCCCCAGACUUGGCAAACCGUAGGGGCAAACAGGGUUUUAGAGGAAACCCAGGACUUCCUGGUCCCCCGGGCCCUAAAGGUCCCCCCGGAGAGCCUGGGAAACCCGGUCCACCUGGGCCGCCGGGACCUGGGCCUGGUGGCUACGGCCCUUCCUUGUACACCCCCAAGAUCGCAUUCUAUGCCGGCCUGCGGAAACAACACGAAGGGAGUGAGGUUCUGAAGUUUGAUGACGUGGUGACCAAUGUGGGGAACUACUAUGAGCCCACUACGGGCAAGUUCACCUGCCCUCUGCCCGGCAUCUACUACUUCACCUACCACGUCCUGAUGAGAGGAGGGGAUGGAACGAGCAUGUGGGCUGACCUCAAGAAGAACGGGCUGAGAUCAAAUUUAUGA